CUCCCUUCUAUAAAUACAGGCUUCUCUUCGCCGAAUUAUACUCAUCAAACGAGUAAAACAUUUGCUAAUAUUAAACACUUUUUCUUUUAGAAAAAAAAACAAAUAUGGCCGUUGAUUCACCUCUUCAAUCUCGGAUGGUUUCAGCGACGACUUCUGAGAAAGAUGUGAAAGCUCUCAAGUUCAUUGAAGAAAUGACUCGGAACCCUGACUCGGUUCAAGAGAAGGUUCUUGGAGAGAUACUGACUCGUAACUCUAACACCGAAUAUCUGAAACGGUUCGAUCUUGAUGGUGUCGUUGAUCGGAAAACGUUCAAGAGCAAAGUUCCGGUGGUUACGUACGAAGAUUUGAAGCCGGAGAUUCAACGUAUAUCCAACGGCGAUUGUUCUCCGAUCUUGUCUUCUCACCCCAUCACCGAGUUUCUCACAAGCUCAGGAACAUCUGCUGGUGAGAGGAAACUAAUGCCAACAAUUGAAGAAGACUUAGACCGACGUCAGCUUUUAUACAGUCUUCUCAUGCCUGUGAUGAAUCUCUACGUGCCGGGAUUAGACAAAGGCAAAGGGUUAUACUUCUUAUUCGUGAAGUCGGAGUCAAAGACGUCAGGUGGGUUACCGGCUCGUCCGGUUCUCACGAGUUAUUACAAAAGCGACCACUUCAAGAGACGACCGUACGAUCCGUACAACGUCUACACUAGUCCUAACGAAGCCAUCCUCUGCUCCGACUCGUCCCAAAGCAUGUAUGCUCAAAUGCUAUGUGGUCUCUUAAUGCGCCAUGAAGUUCUCCGACUCGGCGCAGUGUUUGCUUCCGGUCUCCUCCGUGCCAUAAGCUUCCUCCAGAACAAUUGGAAGGAACUUGCUCGUGAUAUCUCAACCGGAACCCUAAGUUCUCGAAUCUUCGAUCCUGCCAUUAAAAACCGCAUGUCCAAGAUUUUGACCAAACCUGAUCAAGAACUGGCUGAGUUUUUGGUUGGGGUUUGUUCACAAGAGAAUUGGGAAGGGAUAAUCACAAAGAUAUGGCCUAACACGAAGUACCUCGACGUGAUUGUUACUGGAGCAAUGGCUCAGUAUAUCCCGACGUUGGAGUACUAUAGCGGUGGAUUACCGAUGGCUUGCACGAUGUAUGCUUCGUCCGAAAGUUAUUUCGGGAUUAACCUAAAGCCGAUGUGUAAACCCUCGGAGGUUUCUUACACAAUCAUGCCAAACAUGGCCUACUUUGAAUUCCUCCCACAUAAUCACGAUGGAGAUGGAGCAGCAGAAGCAUCAUUAGACGAAACGUCACUUGUGGAGCUUGCUAAUGUUGAGGUAGGAAAAGAGUACGAACUCGUGAUCACGACCUACGCGGGGCUCUACCGUUACAGAGUUGGCGACAUUCUUCGUGUCACGGGGUUCCAUAAUUCCGCUCCACAGUUCAAAUUCAUACGGAGAAAGAAUGUUCUGCUAAGCGUAGAAUCCGAUAAAACCGACGAGGCUGAGCUACAAAAAGCAGUGGAGAAUGCGUCGAGGUUGUUUGCAGAGCAAGGAACACGUGUGAUCGAGUACACAAGCUACGCAGAAACGAAGACUAUACCGGGUCAUUACGUAAUCUACUGGGAGCUACUUGGUAGAGAUCAAAGCAAUGCUCUUAUGAGCGAAGAAGUCAUGGCUAAGUGCUGUUUGGAGAUGGAGGAAUCUUUAAACUCGGUUUAUAGACAAAGCCGGGUCGCUGAUAAAUCGAUCGGCCCGUUGGAGAUACGUGUGGUACGGAACGGUACGUUUGAGGAGCUCAUGGACUAUGCCAUCUCGAGAGGCGCAUCGAUUAAUCAGUAUAAGGUACCGAGGUGCGUGAGCUUCACACCUAUCAUGGAGCUGCUUGACUCUAGAGUUGUGUCUGCUCAUUUCAGCCCUUCGUUGCCGCAUUGGUCACCAGAACGACGUCGUUAGAUAAAACUUUAUAUGAAAGAUAUCAACCGGAUGAUGUGCGGUUUUAGAAUAUAAAGCUCUGUUUCUGAUGCUAAUUAAGACUCCCUGUUAGAUUUCUUAUUAGGCUUUGUGAAUCGUACAAUAAAAUUUGAAGUACGUACCGAUGUUUUUUUCCUUCAUCUUCUGUUGGAAUCCAGCUAAUAACUAGCUUUGGUCCAAAAACCAGAUAUUUUUAAAAUCAGCAUUUAAUUAUUACUACGCCCUAAAUUUUCUUU